AUGUCGCCAACGACAUCAGGAGAUGACGAGAUUCAAUAUCCAUCAGGAUUUGGAUAUAGUGAUCUUGUAGGAUGGGGAACUACUGGUUUGGUCGUCCUCGAUCGACGAACCCAGACUAUCAUCAAGACACCUUUUGAUCCUCAAGACGAAGAGAACGUGUGUCGGUUGUUGAGGGAACGGCAGGUAUACGAACGACUUUCCGAGCGCGGCGGACAUGAAGGACUCCUGUCUUUUAUAGGGCCUUUCGAAUCAGGCAUCCGGCUCGAAUACGCCCCUAAUCAUAGUCUCCAGUCGUACAAUACGGAGCACGACAUCGAAUUCGCCCAACGACUGCGCUGGGCAACAGAAAUUGCAACGGCACUUGACUUCGUCCACCAGGCUGGUGUUAUCCACGGAGAUCUGACAUGUGCAAACAUAUUUUUGGAUCAAAAUCUGCAUACAAAGUUGGCUGACUUUGCUGGGUCGUCAAUAGACGGGUCCCCGCUCCUAGUCAACGUUACGGACAGUCAUCAAUUCUUUGGGCCCCUUGUGUCCGUUCGAGCUGAUUUGUUCGCAUUCGGCAGCGUGCUUUACGAAAUCAUGACUGGACACGCUCCAUACGAGGGGUUGGAUGAGACAGAGAUUCGUGAUCGAUACCAGAAACGCGAGUUUCCUGAGACAGACUCACUAGAAGUCGGCACCAUUAUCAAGAGAUGUUGGCAAGGCCACUAUCAGGGAUUGGAGGCAGUUGUCAAAGAGCUGAGAGGUAUGUAG